UUCGCAGAAAAAGAUAUCGUUACUUCCGAUUUCAAAUAAAAAAAAAAGCAAAAUAGUUUAUGCUGUUUCCUUAAUAACAGAAUAAUAAAAUAAGAUAAACUUGUUGACUAUGAAAUAGCUGAUUCACAGUUAGCUUCCUUAUUAUUACAAUAUAUUCAUAAACAAGCCAUAUUCAAUUUGGCAAACUGCCAUACAUGACGUAAUAUUAAUCUGUUUUUACUGGAGUGUAACUUACUUACGAGAGGAUUAUAUAAGUGAAUAAGACCAAAAGGCUGAUGACAUGGCAGAGACAGUAGAUCAGCUUAUAUUCAGAGCAGACGUUGCAUUGCAUGCAAAGAAGUUUUCAGACGUGAAAAAGUAUGUGGAGCAGGCUGUCAAGCAAACUGACCAAGAGCGAGAUGACUAUCUUAACUCGGAACAAAAUGCCAGUAAGGAAGAAGAGUUAUCUAAAUGGUAUAACCAGUGUGCCUACAUUCUUUUCCAGAUUGCAGAUUUGUGGAACAGUCUAAAUUGUACAUUGACAGCUACAAUAUUCUCAGAAAAGACUGAGUUUCCCUUUUUGGAAAAAGAUUCACGUUGGAUAAAACUACUUUUGCAACAACCUCGAGAGAAGAUACUUAUAAUGCACAAGACCUUGAUAACAUUUCUCUCCGAGAGGCUCGGUGAAGUGGCAAAACUUGCAGUUAGAGUUCGGAAAUGGGAAAGAAGUUUGCAAAUUGAUCAAAUUAUCGACAGUAUAUUUAUCUGGCUCCGAGACAUACAUUCCAUCGGUCCUGAUAUGGUAUGGCUCAAUCCUGGACGUUACGAGGCUUUCUUACGGAUGGCAAACUGCUACUUCAAUUUGAAUGACCAUGAUAACACAAGGAUAUACUGCAAGUUGGUCCUUGAGCACCUGAGCGAUUAUGGUGACAUUAAAGCUUUAGAAAUAUUUGCAAGAUCCCUUCUGACAACCAACAGUUUUAGAUCUGCUUUAAAGUACUGCAAGUUAGCAAUUGACUGCUGUAAGAAAACUGGAGAUGAAAGGAGUAAAAAGAGGCUACAGAAACUUCUGUCUGAAAUAGAAAGAAGAAGAAACAUGGCACAAUCAACUACGAAGCAGACUAGAUCUAAAACUAAAACAACAGUUUUACAAAACAAUCAACGAGUGGAAGAACUGCAAAACAGCGAGGGACAAAGGACGACGGGAAGCAAAAAAAGAAGACGUCCAAACAGAGAAAAAAGACUGCAUGGACGGGACAUUUAUCAAAGACAAGUCACUAAACUGUCAGAUGACUCGGAUGCGAUACAGGAAGAAAGUGUGAAUAUUUACGAGCGAACAUCUUCUGACAUUGAAAAUGAACAGGAAUUGAAUGUCACCAGUUAUGUCAAAAAAACUGAAUGGUGUCCUUCCGAAAGUGGAACAGACACAGACAACGCUAGUAUAUCGUCGUCUGAGGAUUCCGACACAGAAGCACCUUUGAGUACCUCAUCUGACCAAGAAUUUCAUUCAUCAGGAAUAUCAGAAGACUCUGAAUCUGAAACAGACACGGCAUCUUUCUAUGAUGUUAGCCGUUCAAUAUAUGAAGGUAAAGAACAAUCCCACACGUAUAAAACUUCAAUAUCAAAAGAGAAUCUUACAGAAACAGUUGUUCAUUUAGAUCCUUCUUUCUUAAGGAAAUUUGAAGACAGACGUCCAGAUGUAUUAAGACGAAAGAAACUGUAUCCAGAUAUGCUACCAGAAUCCGAACUUAAUGAAAUAACGGUAAAUGACCAGAAAUACAUCCGUGGUACUAUAAAAAUAGAAGGACCACAUGAAGCGGUUUGUAUACCGGCAAGAUCUGCCAGAUGCUUUGGUCCUAUAAAAAUUCUGGGUCGUGGUAAAAUCGGACAGACAUUCAAUGAAGACGAAGUAAUAGUUGAGCUCUUACAUAACCAGAAAUCAACAGGUAAACGAUUCGGAAAGGUUGUGGGUAUAUUCGAUAGUAAACGGCAUGACAAUGUGAAACGGAAUUUAUUCGCCUGUACAUUGGAUGUAGAUAGCUACAACCUUGUUCGGCCAAUAUGCAAAACAUUUCCAAAAAUACACGUCUUAAAUCGGGAAAUAUCAAAGAAAUAUAGAAACGAAACAGCCAGAAAGGAUAUGGUAGAGAUAUAUGACUACGACAAGUUGAAUGGGACACUCAAAUUUUCAAAGAUAGUUCGGUUAAAAAGAGAAGAAAGAAACUCUUGCGUCUUAAUUGUUGCAUUUAUCAGCUGGAGUCCACGGUAUGUCUAUCCAAUAGGUGCUAUUAUUGAAAUACUUCCAACAGGCAAAUGUCUUGAACAAGACUUACUGGUGUCGAAUAUUAUGUAUAAAGUUCCCUCUUUAUACAAAAAGUCAACAGUUAAGGAGGUAGAAUAUCUACUAAGCAAAUCAACGGAUGAGCCCAGAGGAAAUGCAUUUGAAGGAAGAACAGACUUAAGCGAUUUAUGGACAUAUACAAUUGACCCUCCCGAUUCAGAAGAUCUAGAUGAUGCAUUGAGUGUAGUCGAAAUCGAACAUGCUUAUAAAGUUGGUGUACAUAUUGCAGAUGUAUCAUCACAUGUUGCAAAGGGGUCAGCAGUUGAUGUUGAGGCACAAAACAGAUCUCAAACGUUUUACUCUGGCAUACGAAAUGCGAGGUAUAUGCUUCCUGAACCCUUAAGCAAAGAUCUUUGCAGCUUGCUUCCGAACAAAUUAAGACUGACACUGACUGUUUUCUUUUAUAUUGAUAAGAAAAGCUUUGCUAUAAAUAAAACUGAAAUCAUGAAAACGUGUAUCAAAUCAAAGAGGAAGUUAACGUAUAAAGAAGUUCAAGACAUGAUCUCAAUACAGGACACAAAUACUAAUGAUCGCACUACGACACAUAUCAAACGUUUGUUCAAAAUGGCAACCAUCCUGCGAAAACAGCGUUUAAAAAACGCGAGCUAUGCUUUAGAGGUCAAUUUUCAAGAAUCAGUUCUUGAAAAUGAUGAUAUUGGAACAUUCGAAGCUCAUUAUUUAGUAGAAGAAUUCAUGGUCUUAGCAAAUAGAACAGUAGCAGAAAAGUUAUUGCAGUCAAGUAGCGCGCAAUAUGUGCCUAUCCGUUGCCAUAACCCUCCAUCAGGCGAGGAAAUUGCAGAAUUUCUUAAAGUUAAUGGUGAUUACAUGAACAUAAUCUGCAAAUUACAGGAUAAACAGAUUGGAAAGGAAUGUCCAAGUUUCAGCUCAAAAUGUGACACCAACAAUAAAGAUGUGAUGGUUUUCAAAACAAUUUGGAGAGCAAUGUUGACGAACCAUGUAUAUGCGACCAAUUAUCUACGGAAAGACGAUCUGCAUCCUAUCCAGCAUGUAAUUUACCAGAACUGGCUGUAUAUUCAAGAGCAUGCUGAAUACAGGUGCUCUGGAACUGUAGGGGAACAUGAAGGAAAACACUACGGAUUAGAUAUUUUCCGCUACACUUAUUUUACUUCUCCGAUCAGAAGAUACAUAGAUCUUGUUGUCCACAGGCUUGUGCAUUCAGCAUUAUUUCAAGAUACACCAUGUUCCUAUAGUAAAGAAGAAAUCGACGAUAUAUGUCAGCACGCAAAUUUGGUCAGUAAGAGAGCAAAAGAUUAUGAAAGAGGAUGCAAAACAUUAAAGAUGGCAACUGAAUUAGGAAGGAAGCCUCGAAUUUUCACGUGUUACGUUAACAGCUGCACUGACGGAGAAAUCACAUUUUGCACACCUACACUCAGGGGUCAAGCUUUGGUCCACAGAGAAAUACCGUUUAAAUUAUUGGACAUGGCAGAAAAACCUGUCAUCAAGCAUGAUAUAAACACACGCUCUAACAAAGUACGUGCCGUCUGGAGUAAACGGCUGUACAAUUUCCGUCCUGUAAUCAGUAAUGUCAAACUCGACAGUACUCAGGAACUAAAUCCAUAUAAAGAUAUGUUUCUGGUUCCUAUGCAACAAUGGGUACAGUUGCUUCGAAUUCUGACUAUAGAAAAAGCAGACAAAAAGGAAAUCUGCUACACUGAUAUUAUAGAGAACACAAGAGUUGUUUCUUCUAAUGGCUUACAUGAUGUCACUACAGAACAUGCAGUCGCAACAGAAGUUGAGGUAGGUAGGAAGCAACAAAAAUCAAUUGUUUUCCAACCAAGCACAAAGUUUUCCAUGUCUUUUUCACGAGGACAACGACUCAAUAUUCAAAUGACAGCAGUUCAGAAGAAGGGAACGACCGUUCUUAAAGCGUCACUGUUAAACUUGACAGAUAAUGUGAAAUUUUGUCUUCAGCACACAGAUGACCCGGUGUUAUAUUUGUCGCGAUAUACGUCGAAUGCUACUCGUGACCGUUAUAAAGACGUAAAAACAUAUCGUGAUAUUUGGCUCCCGAUUUUAUCGAUGGAAGCAUCUAAAGGUGUGUUAAAAAAUGAAGAAUCAUGUUGUCUCAAUGACCGUCCAAUAAAGUUUAGCCAUGAUCGAACAGGGAAAUUUGUUCUCGAUGAGGAAGAUUGCGAAAUGAGAAAUAUUGAAUUCUCUGGAACCUUUUUUGAAGACAGUAAUCGAAACGAAUACAAAGCUCCAUCGUACGAUUGGUUGUGCAUCAAAACUAGUCGACCACAUGCAGUUCGGGACGAUUUGCAGUGUACUGCUACUUACAUAUGGGUCGGACAUGGAGAGAUAACUCGUGUCGAGCAAAAGAGUGGAAAACUUGUAAUUUCUUUUAUACUUCACGAAACGUCAAAAGCUGAUGACAUCAUCUUUAACCAAGAGACCCGAUUUCAUAUUGAAAUCUUGAAGAAAUCUGAGGUAGACAAGAGAACUGAGAGUUUUAUUCAGGAGCUUGAAAAGGGAUCACUUGCUGCAAACAUUGCUCUAAGAAAACCAAUUUCCGAUUUAGAUGAUGACUUAGUGCAGAUAGCAAAUAAAAUGGAUACAGACUUAUUUAUAAAGAUAAAGGAUGAUAAUGCUUGGAAACCUCUACCAAGAAAUAACGCAAUGCAGAAAGCAGCGAUCUGUAAAGCAUUGAAGUCCCGCUUCACCCUCAUACAAGGACCACCAGGUACUGGGAAAACACAAACUGCAAUAAAGCUUAUCUGUCUUUUUACGAAAGUCAACAACACGAAGCAGAGAAAAAUGAUGGAUCGGAAUCAAGUUUUGUUCUGUGGACCAUCAAACAAGUCUGUCGACUUGGUAGCAAAGUGGAUGUUAAAUCGGAUGGGUGAGCAUCGACCAAAAUUUGUACGAGUUUACGGCAGAACGAUUGAAACAGAAAAAUUUCCAAUACCAGGAAAGAAUUUUGUCACCAAGAGAAGCACAAAAAAUCAGGCAGCUGAUCCUGAACUGGAAUCAGUGUCGCUGCAUCAUCUAAUACGGAAACCUGAAAAUACAUUUUCCGAAAGAAUUAAAGAAUUCGACAAGUUGUUUGCAGUGAACAAAAACAAACCAAUGCCGAUAAAAGAAAAAGAAUAUGCUAAACUGAUUGCAAAGGCAUCUAUUGAAGAAAUGAAAAAGUAUGACGUUAUACUAUGUACGACGGCAGUUGGCACCAAUCCGAAACUAUUGAGAGCGACAGAUAUUUCCCAGAUCAUUGUUGAUGAGGCGGGGAUGUGCCCGGAACCAAAUUGCCUUGUUCCAAUAAUUGCCACAAAUGCUAAGCAGGUCGUGCUUAUUGGAGACCACAAGCAGCUCAGACCAAUCGUAAUGUGUAAAGAGGCGGCGGUACUUGGCUUAGAGACGUCGUUGUUUGAAAGAUACGCAACUGAUCAUUCUUCCACCAAUGUUGCGUUCAUCAUGUUAAACGAGCAAUACCGCAUGAAUCCUGAAAUAUGCAGUUUUCCGUCCGAGCAGUUUUAUGACGGUGCCCUAAAAACAGGAAAAGGCCGUUGGUGUGAAGAUCCAAUGAAUAUUUGGCCAAGCAAGGGACGCAACAUCUAUCCGCAUGUGUUUGUUCAAAUAGAAGGUGAAGAAGAAGUCCUCACAGUGUCUACUGAAGAAGGAAAUGAGCAGUCAAGAAGCAAUCUGCUAGAAGCAAAACAUGUAGUUAAAGUGUACAGCUACUUUACCAGGGAACAACCGUCUGAUUCGGUUCAAAUCAUAUCACAGUACAAUGCGCAGUGCCACGAAAUUAGAACACAACUAAAGGAUGAGGGUUUUGUAGAUGUCAAUGUCAGUACAGUGGUCUCUAGUCAAGGAGGCGAAUGGGAUUACGUUAUAUUCAGCACAGUCCGAUCACUUCCCCAUUACAAGAUAGAGCGGAACCCUACAAUUGGAUGGUGCAAGCACAAUCUUGGGUUUAUCACUGACAGAAACCAGGUCAAUGUAGCAUUGACCAGAGCCAAGAAAGGCCUUAUCAUCAUAGGAAACAAACAACUCCUUUCUUGUGAUGAAGUCUGGAAAGACCUGAUUGACUGCUAUGGUGUGAGAGGUUGUAUUUUAACUCCAGACCAGUUUCCGCCACCAUUCAAGAAGACCAGACAACAGAUUAUGGCAGAAGCGAAACAAAAGCACCAUAAGAGGCACGGCGAUGCCAUCUUUGAAAAGGGAGAGGCAACAUCCUUUAAGGGACCAAUUGACGAAAAGCCAAAAGUAUUUAGAGGAUUUAGAAAAAAGUAAGCAGUGUAUGAAAACGAAUUUAAACCGGUUCAGUACAUUUCCGGAAAGGAUUAUAACACUCAGCAGAAAAAAAGUUCUUUACCUUGCAUGGAACGUUCUCCUACCUAUAUUUGACUUUUAUACGGACACGACACAAAAUACCACGUUUUGAUAUCAAACAAAUAAACGGGACGUGCCAUAAUCCAUUUUUAAAACGGCGUCAUACGCAUCUGAUGACUGUUUUGUGGACUGGGACAUGGUGUUUUCAGUUAGAUUUCAUUUUCUGUGUUAGCACUCAAACACAUUUAAGGCUAUGCAUAUCAUACAUUACUGUAUUGUAGUUCUAUUGUUGUGAUUUGAUAAAAUAAUAUAUUUAUGUUUUCAUAAUAUUUACUAUAGAAGAGAGUCUGUUACUUCAGCAUGAUGCCGUAAUACUGCAAAUAACGUUUGCACGAGACAAACGCAACGACUUACGGCAUCUUGACUGUGUAUGUAAUCUGAUAAAAGAUAUUCUUUGUAAUAACAUCAUCUGACCUUGUCAAUCGGUUUAGAAAUAAUAAAAAAUCAGAGAA